AUAAAAGAUUGAAUUCAAUAACCAUUACCAAAACAUACUCACUUUCACUUCUCAGUCGCAAAACGCAUACAGAGAGUGGGAGCGACGAUGGCUAACGGCGGUUUGAAGAAGAUGUUAACCCUGGCAAUCGGUGAAGGAGUGUCUUCUGCACGAGCAACGAUAUUCGGUCAUCAAUUGAACCCAACCGGCAAGAAAUCUGCUCACAAAAUUCUCCGCAUGAAAAUGUUUGGUGAAAAAGUCGCUCAAUGGUACCCUCAUGAUAUCAACAAAGAUGACCCUCUUGUUAUGGCUCGUCAACAACAAGAACGUUUAUCAAAGCUUGAAAUGUUGAAGCGUCGAGGUAAAGGGCCACCCAAGAAGGGCCAGGGAAGGCGUGCUGCAAAACGCAACAAAUAAAUUAUACUCUUCCUUAUCUUGAAUUCAUUUGUUGGUUAUACUGUUUUAAAUCAAAUACUAGUAGUUGUUUCGGCAAACACCUUGAAUUUCAUUUAUUUGAUCCGAAUGACAGAUUUUUUUUGUGUUAUUCCUGGGGAAACUUAAUGUAUUUGAAACUGAUUUUUUUGUGUU